GAGCUGCUGCCGUGCAUCACGUACCUCUCCCCCACGCAACUGCAAGUCGUCCGCCACGCCUUGAGACUGGCGUACAGGGCGCAUGACGGGCAGAAGAGGAAGAGUGGAGAGCCCUACAUCAUACACCCUGUGGAGGUCGCCCGGAUACUGGGCCAGCUGGAGAUGGACUGGGAGACGGUGGUGGCAGGGCUGUUGCAUGAUACAGUGGAGGACACGGACGUGGUGUCCUUUGAGCAGAUCGAGGCCUCGUAUGGGCCGGCCGUCAGGCGCAUUGUGGAGGGCGAAACCAAGGUGUCGAAGCUGGGCAAGGUGAAGGACGGCAGCAAGGCAGACGUGAAGGCUGACGAUUUGCGCCAGAUGUUCCUCGCCAUGACAGAAGAGGUCCGUGUGAUUAUAGUGAAGCUGGCGGACAGGCUGCACAACAUGCGCACGCUCACGCACAUGCCGCCCCACAAGCAGAAGUACAUCGCUCUCGAGACCCUCAGCGUCUUUGCUCCUCUCGCUCGCCUGCUCGGCAUGUACCACAUCAAGACGGAGCUAGAGGACCUGUCAUUCCGGUACGCGUAUCCCGAGGAGUAUCUGGAUGUGUCUGAGCGCAUGCUGCACCUCUGCACGCAGCAACAACCUGCGCUGGAUGAGGCGCGUGUGAUGCUAGAGAAGGCGAUGCGAAAGGACAAGUUUUUGGAUCUCAUGACUUCAGGAGCGAGGGUGGAGACACGGUGCAAGGAACCGUACAGCAUAUUCAAGAAGGUGGUGGAAACGGGCGCUAAGGUGGAGGAGAUCCAUGAGAUCUCGCAGAUCCGCGUGGUGCUCUCAAUGGACGAUGCUGCUGAUCAGCAGGACAGCAGCUCCCGCAACAUUGCACAGCAGGUGUCUUACCAUGUGUUGGGCCUCGUGCAUGCUCUCUGGCGCCCGCUCCCCGGAACCGUGAAGGACUACAUAGCAACGCCCAAACCCAACGGGUAUCAGAGCCUACACACCACGGUGCUGCCACUGGGAGCAUCAUCGCUCUUCCCCGUGGAGGUGCAGAUCCGCACUGACCACAUGGAUAAGCUUGCAGAGUGGGGUAUAGCUGCUCACCACACCGGCCGCCACCCCCACCUGCUGCUGCACGGCCAGCAGGAGGAGCAGCAGCAGGGGCAGGUGCAGCAGGGGAAGCAGAUGAAGACUCAGGGGCAGCAGGGGAAGCAGGAGGGGCAGGGGCAGGUGAAGCAGCUAGCUGAUGGGUCGGAGGAUCUAGCAGGGUUGCUUCUUCCAGGGUUGGAUUACUCAACCACAGAUGAUUCAGAGGGGGAUAGCGACAGCUCAGGCAGUGAUGACGAGCUGGGCCUUCCUCCUCUUGCCUCAACCAUCAGCAGUGUGGCAGUGUGUGGGGGGGUGACUGAGACUCAGAGCAGCUGGGGCAACGACGCUGACGUGGCGAGGCGGGUGAGCUGGCUGAACUCGAUUCGCGAGUGGCAGGAGGAGUUUGUGGGGGCGAUCAGCGCGCGGGAGUUUGUGGAUACUGUCACGUGCGACCUGUUCGGCUCGCGGAUCUUCGUGUUCACGCCCAAGGGGGAGGUGAAGAACCUCCCCAAGGGCGCCACUGUGAUAGACUACGCGUACCACAUCCACACGGAUGUGGGCAACCGAAUGGUGGCCGCCAAGGUAAAUGGCAAUUUUGUCCCACCCACGUACGCCCUCUCCAACGGGGAGGUCGUUGAGGUUCUCACAUACAAGGCAUUCUUCUCUCCCUGCUUCCUCGGCCCACACAAUUGUUUCCAUUUUCCCCAGGGCGGUUCGGGUGGUUCGCGCAAGGGCUUCAAGCAGCGCCAACAGUGGCUGCAGCAUGCAAAGACGAGGAGUGCAAGACAUAAACUCACCAAGUAUUUGCGGGAGCAGGGUGCGUUGAAUUCGCAUGAGAUCACGGCAGACCGAAUCAACGAGUUCCUUAUUGACCUGCAAUCUGCUGACGCCCGCCCUGCUGCUAUGCGAGAGGGAGAAGCAGGUACCGGGUCUAGAAAAGGGCGCUCAGGCGAAGUGGAGAGGAGUGUAGAUGGUACAGUGGGCGGGAGCGAGGUGGGGCUAGGUAGGGUUGGACCCGGGGAGGUGGGAUCUGAGACAGGGGCGGCUGGAAGAGGGUAUCCUGCUGAUGUAAGCAGCUCAGAGGUUUUGCGAUUUUCUGAUGACGGGGCUGCUGCUGACGUGGCGUCUGCUCGGCUGGCGGCGGGCGAUGCUGACGUGUCACUGGCUAGCGCUGAUGUGGAGCUGUUGGGAGGCAGGAACAGAGAUGACGUGGACGGGAGUGUUGGUGCCGGGGUAGGGAGCAGAGAGGAGGGGGUAGAUGAGCUAGUGUCACGGCUGUUGGAGGGAGUAGCAGGGGAAGCAGGGGUCACAGGAGGAGCAUCAGGGCUACCAGGAGCAGCAAGAGCUGGUGCAUCGGAGGGAGUGAGGGCGUCAGAGGGAGGGGGUGCGUGUGUGGAUGCGUUUGCGGAGUUUGAGGAAUGGCAGACACAGACCGUUGCCAUGUGGCAGUUCCUGAGUGGCCGCAGAAAGGUGGUGCUGUGGCUGGCAGUGCAGUGCUACGACCGCACAGGGAUGCUGGCAGAAGUCUCCAAGAUAGUGACGGAUUCCGGCAUGCUCAUCUGCACACAUGCGUACAGGCCUUCGGGAUUGGUCCCCAUCGCCCCUGCCAUUUCUUCCUCCGCCAUGCCGCUUUCGCGAGCUUGCGCUGCCGCCCUCGCCCCCUCCCCCGCCUAUUUCACUUGCGCCAAUUCGCUCCCCGCAUUCCUUCCGCGCGCUGCUGCGCCUUCCGCCGUUCCGCUCCGCAUCACCCCAACUCCCACCAGCCCGCCCACCUCCGCAUCCGACGGUCUAAGCUCGCUUCUGCGUCGCGCAACUAGCCCCGCGCAGCGCGCAGUCUUCCGCGCGCGAUCUUGCGUCCCGCGCGCAAUGGCAUCCGCGGAAGUGGUCCCCGCGGUGAUAAUCGGCGCGGGGCGCGUGGGGCAGGCGCUGGAGAAGAUGGGCGGAGGGCGGGACGUGGUGGUGCGGCGGGGGGAGAAGGUCCCCGAAGGCGGGGAGGGACCGAUUAUCGUGUGCACGCGGAACGAUGCUCUUGACGCGGUCGUGGAUGCUGUGCCGGAAUCCAGGCGGCAAGACCUGGUGUUCAUCCAAAACGGCAUGCUCGACCCGUGGCUCGCCUCAAGGGGCCUGCAGGACGCCACCCAAGUGCUCGUGUAUUUCGCCGUGGCCAAGGCGGGCGACCCUCCUCUGGACGGCAUCACGGACGUCAAUCCCGAGGGGCUCACUGCUGCCACCGGCAAGUGGGCUGAGGCCGUUGCGGCUAGGCUCAAGUCUGCAGGGCUCAGCUGUAAGGUGCUCUCCCCGUCGGCCUUCCGCCGGCCACAACUGGAGAAGCUGAUGUGGAUCUGUGCGUUCAUGCUGGUGGGAGCGAGGAAUGGCGGUGUCACAGUGGGGGAGGUGGAGAGCCAACACAGGGAGGCUGUGGCCCUGCUCAUUAACGAGCUUGCUGCUGCUGCUGUGGCGGCUGGUGCUGUGGAUGGGUUUGACGAGGGGUUGGUGGAGCGACUGUGUGCGUACGCUCGCUCGGUCGCUCACUUCCCCACUGCUGUUAAAGAGUUUGAGUGGCGCAACGGCUGGUUCCACAACAUGUCAAAAGCUGCAGUGGCUGCUGGCAAGCCGGACCCUUGCCCUCUGCACUCUGCUUGCUGCGUGCUCUCUUCCGCCGCGUCCCUCGCUGGCUGCCAAAUUGCGGCUCCCCGUCAACAGCAGACUGUCAGGCGGUCAAUGGCCGCUGUCCGCUGCGAGGCGGCGUCAUCGGACGACAAGCACGUCGUGUCCCGGCGAUCAGCCACUGCUCUCGGCCUAGCUGCCCUUCUCGCUGCUAUCCCCGCUUCUUCCGCUUCCGCUAAAGACAUCCCCAUUUUUGGCAUUAGGAAGAAGGCUGUUGAGGAGGAGGUUCCCGCUGCUGCUCCAGUGGCUGCUCCCGUGGUUGCCUCGUCUCCCGCUGCUCCCGUUGUUGCUCCCUCCGUCGGUGUCCCAGUAACGUCAGAGAGCGACAUUCCCGCUGAGACCCAGGCUGUCGCCGUUGCUGCCGUGGAGGUCGUUGCUGUGCUUACCGCUGGCGCCAUCGUCAAGUCGGUGACUUCUUAA